UCGAACACGAAAGUCGCCGCAGAUCGGAAUCGAUGUUUUUUGGCGCGUAAAAGGCGUGGCGACGAAUCGAUUCCGGCGGAUCGAUCUCCCGCCACCUCCCUCCCUCUCCCCGUCCGAAGCCACCGCUGAGUGAAGCGGCGUCAUCACGAGGCGACCGCAUCACAACCCUCCCCCCGCCACCGCCGCCCUCAGAAGCUUGUGCGCUGCCGCCAUCUUAAAAAAGUCCGUCACCUACUUUUUUUAAUCUUAAAAAAACCGAAACAAGGUUUAAAGUGGCGGUAACUGAGAGAUAACUUUCGAUUAAAGUUACUCGCCGGCGGGCGGUGGGUGAGGGGAGAGGGGUGGAGGCAACGUCGUCCCCACACUUCGAGACUCCGACGAAUCAUCGCCGGCUUCGCUCAAGGCGUUCGGCCGACAGAAAAUCUGGCCCCGACUUCACCGCAGCUCCCCUCUUCAUCCUUCUCCUCCUCGAUGGAUCCCGGAGAAUCCAGAGAGGUCCCUCCUCCUCUUCCUCCUCCUCCUCCUCAUCACCAUCCUCCGUCGCCGCCGUCUUCGCCCUCGCCCUCGUCCUCGUCGUCGUCGUCGUCGUCCGAAGCGGCCACCGCCCCGGCCGCGGCUCAGCUCCGCAAGAAGAGCGGCUUCCAGAUCACCAGCGUGGUGGUGCCACGGCCCGCGUCGUGCGCCAGCGUCGCCGACGACUCGGAGGGUGGCGAGGAGGCGGAGGUGGAGGCGGCCACCGCCUCCUCCUCCUCCGCCGCCUCCUCCUCGGCGGCGGCGUCCGUGGCGGCGCCCGCGGGGCCCGCGGCCGCGUUGCCGCGGGCCCAGGGGGAGGAGGAGGAGGAGCGCCAUGGAGAGUCACCGAUGCCGGAUCCUCGGCAGCUGCAGCAGCUUCAGCAGUACGACAGCAGCAGUGAGUGCCAGCAGCAGCAGCAGCAGUUGCAGCAUCAGCAUCAACAAAAUCAGCAGCACCAAUACAGUAGUGGCAGUGAGUGCCAACAGCAGCAGGAACAGCAGCAGCACCAACAGCAGCAGCUGCAGCAGCAGCUGCAACAGCAGCAGGAACAGCAGCAGCUGCAGCAGCAGCACCAACAGCAGCAGCUGCAGCAGCAGCAGCAGAGUCAUCUGGACAACAACAACCACCAGCAGCAGCAGCAGCAGCAGUGGGCCCCGGAACGUUCACUCGUACAACCACCGCAACCACCGCAACCACCGCAGCCAUCGGCAGCGUUUACAAACGGUACUGCUGCUGCGUCUGCUGCUGCUGCUGCAACAACCACAACCACCACAACCGCCACCACCGCCACCACCGCCGCUGCCGCCACCGCCGGCUGUGCCACAGCGGCGUCUCCACGUUCCACGCCCACCACCGACGCCUCCUCCUCCUCGUCCACCGCCGCCGCCGCCGCUGGAGAAGCGUGCGGUGGUGGUGGUGGUGGUGGUGGCGGCGGCGGCGGCGACGGGCGCAGAAGUUCCGUCGGUAGCGCGCAACUCGCCCCGGUGACAACGCCGGCGGCACGGGGAGACGUCCAGCCGUGCGCGGAACGCUGCGACGGUUGCUGGCAACCGGCCGCGGCGACGGUCGCCGCGGCGACGGUCGCCGCGCCGACGGUCGCCACGCCGACGGUCGCCACGGCGACGGUCGCCGCGCCGACGGCGCAGAACCCGUCGCGGUUCCGCGUGGUCAAGCUGGACUCGGAGCACAUCGUCCCGUACCGGCGAGGACGCUGGACCUGCUCGGACUUUCACGAAAGGGAUCCGUCCCUGUACCACCACCACCACCACUAUCAGCACCACCACCUCCUGCACCAGCAGAAUCACCAGCAGCAGCAGCAGCAGUUUCAACAGCUGCAGAACAGUCUUCAUCUCCAUCACCAGCAGCAGCAGCAGCAGCAUCAUCACGGCACCGUGGCCAAUCACAUCAGCAUCAUCGACUGCGACGUCGCUGCCUUCCGCCGCCUGUCUUUGCCCACCGAGACGGAGAUAUCGCUGGCACAGGUGCACCACCUGCAGCAGCAGCAGCUGCAGCAGCACCUGCAGCAGCAGCAGGAGUUGUUGCUGCAGCAGCAGCAGCAACAGGAGCAGCAGCAGCAGAGUGACGGACAGGUGGACGGGUUGAGUCAGAGCCCGCCGUUGGACGGGGAAGAUGAGAGUGCCUCUGGUGUCAGCGUGGUGGCCAUCGACAACAAGAUUGAGCAGGCGAUGGACCUGGUGAAGUCCCACCUGAUGUUCGCGGUGCGCGAGGAGGUGGAGGUGCUGCAGGAGCAGAUCAAGGAGCUGCUGGAGAAGAACGUGCUGCUGGAGCAGGAGAAUCGCCUGCUGAGGAGCCUCGCCUCGCCCGACCAGCUGCUGCAGGUCACCGCCUCUGCGGCCGCGACGCCGAAGCAACCGCUGCAACCGCUGCAACUGACGCAACCGGCGCAACCGGCGCAACCGGCGCAACCGGCGCAACCGGCGGCAUCGCCAGCAAUCGGUUGGCAGGUUUCGUAAGGGGGGCGGGGGGGGUGUGGGGGAGUUGUUGGGGUUGGGGAAACAAGACGCAGACAAAUCUGAAACUUGCCGAGGUGUGGAAUUGAUGUCGGUCGUCGUCGCCGUGAAGAAGAAGAGGAAGAAGAGGAAGAGGAAGAAGAAUAAAUAAGAAGAUAAUUAUUAUAUAUUUUUGUUUGUAACGCGUCUCUUUGAUACUGGUUUAAGAGAAAUAUUUAAAGCUCUGUAAUUCGCUUCUCUCCCCGCCUCUAUCGGUCGUCGUUGAAUUUGAGUUUGAAUUUGUUUUUUACGUUUCUGUGAGAGCAAGAUCCGUUUGUUUUAGAGGGGUCGUCAAUGCUAUUGUGCCUUCUGUUACGGACAUACGCCGCUUAUAGUGUUUUCUGGACGUGUCUGAUGGCCGUUGUUAACCCAAACAUCUCGGUGUGUCUGGUGACACGGCCACUGUGAGAGGAUCUCGGUGUGUCUGGUGACACGGCCAUUGUGAGUCUCACCGUGAGAGGAGGUGAGAGAGAACCUCGGUGUGUCUGGUGACACGGCCACUGUGAGAGGAUCUCGGUGUGUCUGAUGACACGGCCAUUGUGAGUCUCACCGUGAGAGGAUCUUGGUGUGUCUGGUGACACGGCCAUUGUGAGUCUCACCGUGAGAGGAUCUCAGUGUGUCUGGUGACACGGCCAUUGUGAGUCUCACCGUGAGAGGAGGUGAGAGGGAAUCUCGGUGUGUCUGGUGACACGGCCAUUGUGAGUCUCACUGUGAGAGGAGGUGAGAGGGAAUCUUGUUGUGUCUGGUGACACGGCCAUUGUUAGUCUCACCGUAAGAGGAUCUCAGUGUGUCUGACGACACGGCCAUUGUGAGUCUCACUGUGUGACGAUCUUGGUGUGUCUGGUGACACGGCCACUGUGAGAGGAUCUCGGUGUGUCUGGUGACACGGCCACUGUGAGUCUCACCGUGAGGGGAUCUUGGUGUGUCUGGUGACACGGCCAUUGUGAGUCUCACCGUGAGGGGAUCUUGGUGUGUCUGGUGACACGGCCACUGUGAGUCUCACCGUGAGGGGAUCUUGGUGUGUCUGGUGACACGGCCAUUGUGAGUCUCACUGUGAGAGGAUCUCGGUGUGUCUGGUGACACGGCCAUUGUGAGUCUCACCGUGAGAGGAUCUCAGUGUGUCUGGUGACACGGCCAUUGUGAGUCUCACUGUGAGAGGAUCUCGGUGUGUCUGGUGACACGGCCAUUGUGAGUCUCAC